AUGGCGGGAGAUGGUGAGCUGAGUUUGAGUAGAUCAAUGAUCAAUAGCUCUGAUAAAAUAACUCGAAAGGGUGGCUCCUCAAUCUUCCAGCACUCUGCAGAAGGUUGGAAAAUCAAUUCCUCAUUGGUACUGGAGAUAAGGAAGAACAUCCUUCGAUUCUUGGAUGCUGAAAGGGAUGUCUCAGUGGUCAAAAGCAGCUUCAAGCCAGGAGAUGUAAUCCAUUACGUGCUGGACAGGCGUCGCACGCUGAACAUCUCGCAGGACUUGCACAGCCUCCUCCCCGAGGUUUCCCCCAUGAAGAAUCGGCGAUUUAAAACCUGUGCGGUUGUUGGGAAUUCUGGCAUCCUUCUGGAGAGCGGAUGUGGAAAGGAGAUUGAUAGCCAUGACUUUGUAAUAAGGUGCAAUCUAGCUCCCGUGGUGGAGUUUGCUGCAGAUGUGGGAGCUAAAUCUGAUUUUAUUACCAUGAACCCAUCAGUUGUACAAAGAGCGUUUGGAGGCUUUCGGAAUGAGAGUGACAGAGAAAAAUUUGUGCAUAGACUAUCUAUGCUGAAUGACAGUGUCCUUUGGAUUCCUGCUUUCAUGGUCAAAGGCGGAGAGAAGCAUGUGGAGUGGGUUAAUGCAUUAAUCCUUAAGAAUAAAUUGAAAGUGCGAACCGCCUAUCCAUCACUGAGACUUAUUCAUGCUGUCAGAGGCUACUGGCUCACAAACAAGGUCCACAUCAAGCGCCCCAGCACCGGUCUCCUCAUGUAUACGCUUGCCACUAGAUUUUGUGAUGAAAUUCACCUGUAUGGAUUCUGGCCGUUCCCAAAAGAUUUACAUGGAAAACCAGUCAAAUAUCACUAUUACGACGAUCUAAAGUAUCGGUACUUUUCGAAUGCUAGCCCUCAUAGGAUGCCACUAGAGUUUAAGACUUUAUAUGUACUACAUAACAGAGGAGCACUUAAACUAACAACAGGGAAAUGUGUACAGCAAUAAAGCUCAUGUAAAAUACAAUAAGAAAUCCAGAGUACGCACUUCAUCAUAAAGAUGUUAUGGAAUGGCAAUGGGAUCCCAGUGAGGAUAUACUUCAAAACCCACUAAGCCAUUGGAAAAGGGGAUUUUUAUUAGAAGUGCAUAACCAGCUACUAGACCUGUAAAGUGCUAUAAAACUAAGCUAUCUUGACUGCAAGGGUUCAAGUAAGUGCCACUUUCACUAAGAACAAAGCUUGAAUGUAUACUCAGUAGUGUUUACAGGACCCAGCGAUACAUUCAUCAUGAAUUAAAGAAGAAACAAAUAGCCUGCUUAUUGCUGAC